AUGGUUUUGGCUGAAAUCAUGCCACUGUGCAGAAAUGAGCUCCAGAAGAGGUAUAGUAUGGUCAGCAAAAAAAAAGAUCUUAGUGGCUCCAUAACAACUCCAGAUGUUAAGCUAAAUCUUGGAGGAGAAUUCAUCAAAGAAUCUACUGCAACUACAUUCCUAAGACAGAGAGGGUAUGGCUGGCUUCUGGAAGUGGAAGAUGAUGACCCAGAAGAUAACAAGCCACUCCUGGAAGAACUUGACAUUGAUCUGAAGGAUAUUUACUACAAAAUUCGAUGUGUCUUGAUGCCUAUGCCAUCUCUUGGGUUUAAUAGGCAGGUAGUGAGAGACAAUCCAGACUUUUGGGGUCCUCUGGCAGUCGUCCUCUUCUUCUCGAUGAUUUCAUUAUAUGGACAAUUUAAGGUCGUUUCUUGGAUUAUAACUAUUUGGAUAUUUGGAUCCUUGACAAUUUUUUUACUGGCUAGGGUUCUUGGAGGAGAAGUUGCUUAUGGCCAAGUUCUUGGUGUGAUAGGAUACUCCCUACUUCCUCUCAUUGUCAUAGCACCUGUACUUCUGGUGGUUGGAUCAUUUGAAGUUGUUUCUACCCUAAUAAAAUUGUUUGGAGUCUUUUGGGCUGCAUACAGUGCUGCAUCAUUACUAGUUGGAGAAGAAUUCAAGACCAAGAAACCCCUUCUAAUUUAUCCAAUCUUUUUAUUAUACAUUUAUUUCCUGUCCUUGUACACUGGGGUGUGAUCUAGUGCAAGAUGUGGCCAGAAACCGUAUUUUUUUCACUUGCAGACUGAUAAUACAUAAGAUUAAGGAGGCUGGAGAUAAUACAAGUGACUGUUUUGUAUCCAGUUGUCAAGAUGUUUUAAGAUCGAAGACCAUAUUUGUGUAUAUUAUUUAAUGAAGCAAUUGUAGCUAUAUAGAUUUGUAUCAAAGUUCUAGGUUUGUUUAAACUCUUCAGAUUUUAAUGAACAAAGUAAAAGAACCUUGUGUUUUAUAAGGAAGUGUAGCAAAAACACAACUCGAUACCUGUGCCAAAAGCACUAGGACCAGAUUACUAUAUUCGAGGAGAAAAGUGAGAAGUUAGCUAUAACAGUCUCAAAGUGCAAUUUUUCUUUUGAGCUUAAACACAGCUGGCUUUUUUGGCACAGCAGAUUCUGUAGAUAAUAUAUAUUUAUGAAACAGUCCUGAUUGUUCACAGAAUAGUCUGUAUAAUCAAGACAUUAAGAUACUACUUUUAAUUUAGUGCCUCAAUUACUUUGAUUUGGCUAUUGAGUUUUUAUAAAUUCCAAUUUGUUUUCAAAACAUGUAUAUACUGUGUAUUUUGUAUCUAUGGCUUGUGUGUAGCGUAAAAACUCCUUGGUUAAGGAUGUAUAUUGGGUUUUUGAAAAUUGGAGAUACAAGUAUUUGAAGUCUUCAUUUACUAUCUCUGACCAAAGGAGCAAAAUACUUACUGUGUGACAUAAUUAAAUAAAAAGCAUUUUAGAGAAUCAAAUUAUUUUACUUAAAAGUAUAAAUUUACAGAGAAACGGGUGAACACCUUUCUCAACGGUAGUGCUGGCUUAAUGUUGGAGAAAAAAGAUGAUCUAUCAAAUUUGUGUGAUCUUUAAACAAUGUUAUUUUAUGAUGACAAAAUAAAAAUAAUGCUUCCCUA